AAGCAAUUCUAAGCAACGCCGCUUAGGAAGCAUUCCCCUACUUGGGGCCGCGCCUGUUUCAUCUUUGAAUUUCACGUGCGAUUUGUGAGUUUCUCUUAUUUGUGGUAGCCGCAAGUGAGGGCGAAGUCUAGUUUGAUUUGCCUGUCGCGGCACCCCGAUAGACCCUAGCGGCGCGAGCAAGUGGCGCCAAGCCAUGCCGGGCUGACGUCCGCCAGAAGCGGCCGGCAAAGUGAUAAUGCCGCGCACUCAAGUAGCGACAGUUACGGCCAGCCUAUUUUAUUUGGCAUUGUGCAUCAUAAGUAGUGCCAGGCAUAAUGCAUUACGUUCUUGAUAUUUCAACUUGGACGCUUGACUCGCGCUUUCCCAAAUCUGUCGAAGCUUCAACACAGUUCAAACGCCAUCACCGUCACGCUGUAUCACGCUGUAUCUGUAGCAACUCUAUCUCAAGCCAGCUUGGUGCACGACCCGCUAGCCCAGGCAUUGUGCUUCGUUCCUUGCUGACGCAAACAUAGGAACACUUGAACGCCCGAGAUGCUUUGGGUGUGCAUCAUAAUUAGGAUGUUUGUCGUGAUGGCUGCCAGUGGUGUGGCGCAAGACCUCAGCGAAGGCUCGAUGGUGAGCACUCUUGGUAUUGGAGAUCUUGUGCGGGCACGUGCAUCGCGCCCGCAUGUCAAGUCUCCAGUGACUGGCAGCAGCGCGGUGGCGGCCUUCGCCAACAUGAACCGAGUUCUGUCGAGGGGCGGUGCCCGGACGCUGCCUUGUGACGCAUUCGACCAUACAGAUUUGAACCGCCUUGCGCGCACAUUGUAUGCUGCGCGCUCAGUUGAAUUGCACGAUCUCUAUGCUUCCCGCAGCGAUCGCCGUGCAUUCCAUUUCGAGGACUUUGGCUACAAGGAGCGUCUGUGGUCCGCAGAGGAGGUAGCAGCAGGAGUUCUGUCUGAGGAGUCGUACAACGCCACGCGCGAUGGAAAGUGCGCCGAAAUGGUGAUGUGGUAUGUGCAUCACUUGUCCCAGGCAAAGCGUGAGUCAUUGCAUUUUCUUGAGGACUUUGUCUUGCCAUUAAUGCCGCACUCCAUCGCUUCAGGUGGAAUGGCAGGUCAUGAGUACGCAUUGCAGAUAAGUUGUACUGAUUGCCACGUAGCUGUUCAACAGCCUGGAAAGCCUCCUAUCCGACCAGUUCCUCCACGCAAUGCCACUGGUCCUCAGUAUCCCGAAGUAUGCCCCAGUAGCCAAGGCUCGCUAACACCGUCUGUGUGGUACAAUCGCACCAAGCGGUGCGAUUGGGACUACGAGCCAUUCUGCAAGCCGUGCGAGGGCAUUGGCGGGCUUGUGUGGGGUCCAGGGGAGAAAGAGUGGAAUGCAAUGCCGUGCGAGCCUUUGCUGAUGCCGGCAGCAAUUUCUCAUGACAACCUCACCAGUCCAUUGUGGCCGAAGGCGUUCACAGUCCAGGAAUACGCUGAUCUUACUUUCCCAGGGAGGGACCCAUGCAACGUCAAAUUCAGAAAUUCGACCUACACGUUAUAUUUCGACACCCGGCCCGAAGGCCCUCUUUACCAUACUGUCGGCCACACUGGGCCAUCAGGUCCGUCACCGUUUCCGGGGAAGUCUUGGGCCUUGGCGAACGGCAAUUUCUACAACACGGUUACUGCCGCUGGCAAGGACGCGUUCUGCAUUUGUCUCUCGCCCCAGGAUCCAGUCCAGAAAAAUGCCAUCACUGGUCCGUUGAGGUACGAUUUUCUUGACACAGCGAAGCUAAUUGGACGAGAACGCAUCAUACCAGAGUACAUUGGGCGGUCAUUGGUGGCCGAUCACUGGGUCAAGGGACCUCAUCACUUCUGGAUCGAGGUGUCGACCAACUUGAUGGUACGCGAAUGGCAGCCUUUCAAUGGGCAUCAGAUCUACUAUAAUUGGAAUCUUACGCGUCCAGAUCCAGCGCUGAUCGAUGUACCCGAAAUAUGCUACAAGGGCUUGCUGCACGUCAAUGUUAGUUGUGUUGCGCCGCCGCCGUCUUUGCCCCAAGCGUCUUCCAUGUUUGUUUGAUUGCGGUCAGUUCUAGCGUACAUGGAAUUUUCAUUGCUCGAAGGUGGAGUCCUUGCCAGGUAGGAACCGUUGCCUUCAAGUCAUAGUUCAAUGAAUGGUCUAGUUUGUUGUGGAUCCCUAGUUUUGUUGUUCAUUCUUCCCGAUUCUCUUGCGUAUGGUUGGCCCAGGCGGUGCCCAUCGGUCUCGAGCGCCAGACAGCCAGGUCGACAGGCAGAUGGUUUUUCCUUUCUGCCACGGCCAACACCAUCGCUAUUGAUUUUGACACCAGUCCAACGUCAUAUCGCGACAUCUUCUGGGAGGAGGGUCAGAUGUGAUGGGCAAAAAUCAGUGCUUUGAAUUGCAGCAGCAGCGCGCGCGGGAGAACAGACAUAAGCAC